AUGUCGGUUGUGACAAGUUACCAACGGUUACGACCGUACGACUUAUAUAUAACUGUGACUCCUGGUGAACUCCCUGAAGUGUUCAACGAAUUGCUCAAGCUCAAGUCUCUCAUGGCUCGCUCUAAUAGAUUCACAGGAGGAAUCCCCAAGUCGUUGGCAAAUUCACAGACUUUGAACUUGCUUAACUUGGGGAACAAUUCAUUGAGUGGUCCUUUGCGUCUAAAUUGUUCUGUGAUGACUAACUUGACCUUACUUGAUCUGGGAUCCAAUAGAUUCAAUGGCUCUUUGCCUGAAAAUCUACCGGCUUGCAGAAACCUGAGGAACGUUGAUCUUUCCCAGAACCCCUUCCGCGGCCAGGUGCCUGAGAGCUUCAAGGAGUUUCAAAGCCUUUCUUAUUUCUCGCUUUCAAAUUGCAGCCUUGUUAACAUUUCAUCGACACUUCACGUCCUUCAGCACUGCAAGAACCUGACGAAUCUGAUUCUCACCUUGAAUUUUCAUGGAGAGAUGUUACCUGGUGACCUGAGUCUUCAUUUCGAGAACCUGGUGGUACUUGCUAUUCCAAACUGUAGGCUUACCGGUCAAAUCCCAAGAUGGUUGAGUACGAGCACCCAUCUACAUGUGUUGGAUCUAUCAUGCAACCAUUUAACUGGAGCUAUCCCGAAUUGGUUUGAUGGUUUCACCGACCUUUUCUACUUGGAUUUGUCGAAUAACUCAUUCACAGGAAAGAUCCCAAAAAGCUUAACCAGGCUCCAGAGGCUCACAACUGAAGAUGUCUCAUUCCAAUACCCAUCUCUAGAUUUCACAUACAUGCAGUAUAAACAGAUGUUCUUGUCCCCUCCAACGCUUGAACUCAGCCAAAACAAUCUUUCUGGACCCAUAUGGCAGGAGUUUGGAAACUUGAAGCAGCUUUAUGUAUUUAAUCUGAAUGCCAACAGAUUAUCGGGACCGAUCCCUAGCUCGCUUUCGGAAAUGACAAGCCUAGUGGUUCUUGAUUUGUCCAAUAACCGUAUUACUGGUUCAAUCCCGAAAUCUCUGGAGAAACUGACAUUACUGUCCAAGUUCAGUGUCGCUAACAAUAGUCUCUCAGGGAAAAUCCCUUCUGGUGGUCAAUUUCUUACAUUUCCUAUCUCAAGUUUCGAGGGAAACCAUCUAUGUGGUGAUUACGUGCUUCAAUGUCAACUAGAGGCACCAGGCAAGAAGCUACCAAGAACCAGCGAGAGUGACAGUGAUAGUGACUUUGCCUUACAUUUUUCAUAUGGAGUGGCUCUUGGGUUUGGUUUAUCCUUGGUUGUUUUUGCUUUUCGCCACAAGCUGUUCAGCUUUUAA